AUUAUAAUUGCGUUUUAGCUGCGUGAUGAACGUUUUCAUAAUAUUAAGCACUCAAGAACCUGAUUCUAAUGGAUUUUACCGGGUUUAUGACAUCUGGAGAAGGCGCAAUCUUAAUUGUGAUUGGUUCGUUCAAGGCCGUCGGGGCAGACUUUUUACCACUGAACCCCCGAAAGACUGAGUUUUGAUCACGAGGAGAUGAAUGGUCGCGUAUUCCUACAUGCACUCUAGAUGCUUAUAAAAACAAACCAAUAGAAGCCCAAACAGAAAUCUGGCGCGAUUUUCGACUGGCCACUGUCCUUAAACUAUGGCAGGUCUUAUGGGUAUCUCCUAUGGUGGGGGACAGACAAUUUUUCUGGAAACCUUCGUUGCAUAGAACAAUAAGGACUAGCAAUUUCGUAUUCAGGGUCUAAAUACCGAUCGUUUAAAUGCACCAAGAUUUCCGUUUGCGUGACUUCAAAGGAUUCAGACCUACUGGAGCUUCACUUCGAUAUAGCGUGACGUUCUUGCGAAUUGAUUUGAAGAAAGACACAUUUUAUGUUUUAAAUAAUUUAUUAAAAGGGAUUUAUAACGAUUUUACUAACGCUUAUCGACGCUUUGGAGAAUCAGAUGUUUCAUUUCAAGUGUCUGCGCAGCGCAGAAUUGUUGCACGACUUAAUGUGUUAGUUCUUAUAUCACAACGUGUAUUCGAGGCUGUAGGUGGACUACCUCACCUAAGAACUCCGCUUCUCCGAUCAGUAUACCAUAUUUUACGUUUACCACUUUGGCACCACAAUCCUUCACUGCGAUGUGCAGCUUUACGUUGCCUUCGUUAUUAUGUACAUAGCAGCGUUGAUGUUGAGCUACUCUUGGAAUGUCGUUUAGAUCUAUUGAUUGCUCGAUGUAUGGACUUAUCUUAUUAUCCCACAAAGUUUAUUUCAUCAAAUGGGUUGUCUGGAGAUUCUUCGGCUACCUCAAGGGUAAAUAAUAGUCCUCGUACUAAAUUCCUUGUCACAUCGAAUCCAAUCAGUUCUACGUGUAAUUCUUCAUCUUACCAGUUGAGUGAAGAAUCAUCAAAUCGUCAGCUAAUUAGUGAUCAUUAUCAAUCCUCUGGCGUCUUAUUAAAAGGGACAAAUGCUACCCGUUUCUCUCGUCCUCGUUUUUCGGAUACUGAUCAUCCUAUAAAAUCAACUAUGACAACUCGAAAUUCCUCACCACCUUUUCUGUCUUCUAUUGGUGAGCGCCAAAUUGUACUGCGUUUGAUUUACUACCUCACUCAACUUACACCACAAUUAAUUCCUCCAAGUAUAAUUCAUGCUGUUGCUGCUCCUUGUUUAGAAGUUCAUCGUUAUUUGAUUGCUAAUUCAAAUGAAUCUAGUAAUAAAGAAGGUGCUCAUGCGGCAUCAGGUAUGGGAGUUCCUGCAGUUGUAUCGCGUCAUAUACUUCAAAAUCGUCCUUGUCGUAUUGGAGAUUUCGGAGAAGCAAAAGCUAAAGUAAAUGAUUUUAAUGAUCUGGAGCUAGAUACAACUAUCCGGGGUUGUUUACUAAUUCUUGCUGAAUUAGCUAUUUUAGCCUUAGAACGUUUAGCUGUACGCACAAAUCCUUCAAUUGUUAAUCAUUCAAAAAUUAAAUUAUCUUAUUCCAAUUAUUAUCAUUACUAUUACCACUACUAUUAUUGUCAUCAUCAUGAUGUCGAUCAUACCAACAAUCAUCAUCGACAAUUUUAUUAUCAUAAUAAUACUAGUGAUAGUAAAAAGUUGAACGUUUCAAUUGAUAAUGGAAUCAAAGAAAAGUUACUAUUAUUGUUUCCAUUCAUUGGACAAAUUAUAAUUCAAGCUUUAAUGACUACAUUCGUGUUCAAUAAUAGUACAAUGCAUACAUAUCAUUCAUCACGUAUUCACGAAGCUGUUAUUCUGUCGUUGAUUACAGUUCUUAAUCGCUCACAGUGUGCACAACUUUUACCUAAUAGUCUUAUUUCGAAAUUCUUCGUUACCUUCACAUCUCCAUCAUGUUUGCUGCCCCGAUCGAAAUUACCUUUCAAUGUAUAUCCUUCAUUUCCGAUCUGUGCUAGAAAUUGUCUAAUUCUUCUCCUUCGUUCAUGGCCAGGUAUUUUCCAUUUUAUUCAUGAUGGUCUCCCAACUUUACAAACUCUACUGUAUACGUUGGCUGUUGGUAAUACAGAAAUAAGAAACCAAAUAUUAAGCUUAUUAUAUGGUUUAUUCCCAACAAUACCUAUACCUCAUUCAUCUGUCAAGGAAUUAGAACCAACCAUACUGGGUCUUAUCGAAGCAUUGUCUACUGGUUCAUAUUCUUUGUUGCCUGUAAUAAAUUUAUCGAGUUCACCAGGGAAAAGAAGUGAUUAUUUACGCAGUGAAAUGUCAUGUUCAUAUUUGGACAGUUCUUCACGACGUCUAUUCUCAAUCUUACCAGUAAGGUGUAUUUCAUCAUCGUCAUCUAGUGCUUGGGAUAUUGAAGGUGAUUUCAUUCCUGCAGAAGGUUGUCGUCUGAUAACUAAAUACGAUUCUAUUGGAAUUGAUUUAAUGAAUAAUUAUUAUGCCAUAUUACUUGCUACAUUGAUUCAAGCUGGAUUAUACGAGGCUCUGAUUCGUGCAAUUUCCGAUUCAAAUCAAGUAACAUCUACUCGUGCUGGUUAUCUUCUUGGUUUGUUGGCUUACAAAGUUGAAAGUCUAUUACCUCAAGAGCAUCCAGCGUGUAGGCGUUUACAUCAUGCUGGUCUAUUGCAUCCAGAAACUCCAGGUAGUCAUUUAGCUGUCUUGUGGUUGGAACGAAUACAUCGUGCUAUGCAAUUGCACGAAACUCAAUUAAUUGACACAUCUAAUCUUAUUCACGUGCCAUUGCAUUCUCCCUUUCUGGAAUGUUUAGCCAAACAAUCUACAAAUAAUAUCUCUCCAACUUAUUAUCCUUUGAAUCCAUUGCUACAAGAUCAAAUGGAACUUACGGAUACAACUCUAGAUCAGUUGAUCGCAUUAUCAAAUGUGUUAUCAUUCAAGUCAAAAUCUCAACAUGGUCGUUUUAGUCAAUGUCAAGUAACUACAUAUGAUACUAAAUCGCCGGAGUUAUGGAAUUGGAAUAUUUUAACAUCAUUAGGUCGUCAUCUAGCUGUAACUCGAUGCACAUUUUCUUGGGAAUCAAAAUCACAUAUGAAAUUUUUAAAAGCAGUCAUGGAGUUUUUGAUACCAGAUCAAACAUGCAGAACAGGUAUAUCAGAUUACAAAGCUGAAAAAUGCUCCAAUCCAAUUUCUCCUCCAGUGGUAUGUUCUUCUGUUCCAAGUAAAUCUAUGCAGUCAUCGGAUGGGCUAUUACCAGUUGAUGGAUUUCUAAACGCAAUCAGUGAUAAUCGUAAUUUUAUGCUACAAAAUGUCAAUACUUUAAACACACACGAUAAUACUGAUCAUUUAUUAAUAUAUUCUCGAGAGAAAAACAUAUCUGAUAUUAAUGCUACAAGUACUAUCAUGAAUAAUAAUUCUAAUACAUGUCGAUCGAAUUAUUUAAUCAAUCCGAAUGCCAAUUUCAAUUUAGCUUGGCUUUCAUAUAAUUGGCCUCAUGCUUCAGCUGCUGGAAUUUUAGCUGCUGGAUUAAUAACACAUUUGGCAUACUAUCCUCCAGCUAGUGAACCAUUUCAGUAUUUGGAUCGUUUUUUAACUGUACUCCAUCUAUGUUUAAAAUAUGUCCUCAACAAUCAGUCGAAUGAAUCAUUAAUCAGUCAUAAUGAUAAUAAUGACGGUAAUAAUAAAUCAAUAAAUCAGAAACUUUCGCAAGACAAUAAUAUUACUCCUAACAAUAAUAAUAACACUAAUAUGAUACUAACAUUCCAUUCAAAUUAUUUAGCUAAAAGUUGUGGUGGUCUGAUUCUAUUUGCCGCAUCACGAUUAACCAAUUCUGAAGUCGGUGAAUUACGUUUGGAAAAAAGCGAUCUUUAUUUAGAUUUCCAGUGUAUUUUAAUGUUUCCUAGUCAAUUGAAGAAAAAUUCCAAUACACAUACUGAAAUUCACUAUAAUGAUACGGAUGAUAAGCGUAAUCAACAAUGUGUUUUUCUAAAUCAUGCGAAAAUUAUAUUAUCUAGUCUAGAUUAUACACAUUCUACUAAAUUGAGUCGUUUACUCUUGACAACUGCUGUAAAUAGUGGUAUAAAGCCUCUACGAAUUUAUACAAUUCGUUUGAUUCGUCUUUUAUUUCGUCUGAAACUGCCGUUUCUAGCAAGUUGGUGUAUAGAUUUAGUUGUAAAACUAUGCAUGGAUCCAUCAAAUAAAAUUCGUCGUUUAGCCUUAUGCUUAUUAGAAGAAUUAUGUUGGGAUCCUGUAAAUGUUCAGGCUUUAUCGCAAAAUAUUCUACAUAAUCAAACCAAUGAUGACAAUAAUAAUGUUUGUCAAAAAAACUUUUUAACGCCAUUUGCUAUUUAUUUAUUGCAUAGUAAUACCGGUCCAAUAGGCCAUAGAAUAUUUGGUAGAAUUCUUUCUAUCACAACUAUAUUCGAUAAACUAUGCAUGAAUCAUAAUACUUGGAGACAACCAAAUUCAUCUUUUCUUCAUUGUGAUGACGGUUGUUUUUGUACACCUCAAACAAAUAAGAAUAUGAAUUGUUCAAACUCAUGUCUGUCUCGUGAUGAACUGAAUAGUAGUAAUAAUGAUAAUAACAAUAAAUCCGUGUUAAGUGAUCCAGUGAACUGGAUGUUAGAUAUCGCGCGAAAGCACUAUAAUUUAGCUUAUGCAAAAGAAAUGGACAAUCGGUUUACUUCAUUGUUUGUUACUUAUGGAACGAAAUUACUUUCGGGUACAUCUUAUAAGUCAACAAGUUUCACAUCUUUUGAUUCAUCAACAGCGAACUUACAAAUACUGUCACCUUUACAUUUUAAUACCAAUACCGACGAUGGAAAUAAUGAUGAUGAAGAAAACAGUGAGAGAGUUGAUCGACCUAGCAAUUCAGAAUUUAAUUUUGAAGACAAUUAUUUUAUUGAAGAAACUGACUCAGUAUCCGGAACCUAUGUAUCUCCUCCGUUGGUAAAUGAUCAAUCUAUUGGUCAAGUUGUUGAUGGACAUGAUAGUUUUCAUUGUUUACCGCUUCCAAAACAUCUUUAUGCAUGUAUAGCUGAACAUCGUAAUGGAAUCGACUUGUUAAAUACAAGAAAGGAUUUGGAGACCUCUGUUGCUAAUAUACGUUCUGUUUUGCCUCAAAUAAUCAAUGAUAAGUAUGAAGAAACAAACACUUUUAAUGAUACUGAUUCCCUAUUACAACUUAAAGCAGACAUGUGGGCUUUAGCUCAUACCUGUUCAACAUCUUACGGACAAUAUUGGUUAUUAAAACAUCCUGAACUGAUGACAUUAUUAACCAGUUUUGCUUUACACUCCAAUUCAAUGAACAUCAGAGCGGUUGCAUGGAUUUGUUUGAAUUUAAUUGCUACAUCAUCAAAUCAAAUUUUUCGACAACAUAACUGCCUAGGAAUCUUACAAAAUAACCAAUCAUCACAGAACAUUAAUGAUUUUAAGUGCGAUGAAUCUUUAUCCGAUUGGUUAUUCAUUCCUCAAAUAUUUUAUGAUAGAAAUGUUAAAACUAAUGAAGGAGCUCAAGAUGAGAUAUUGGCCUACCCGAAAAUCCAAUCUUUCAGUGGACAAAUGAUCCAAACCGACCCGAAACCAAAUCGAUUACUUUCUGAUAUCUUUUCUGUUAUUCCUCCAGUCACUAAUUUUGGAGCAGAAACUAAAAAUGAAAAUCUUCCUCUUAGUACACAAAAGUUUGUUAAAUCGUCUGUUCGUAGUCAAGUAUUUGGAAACCUUAAUCGUUCACGUCAGUGGUUGCACCGUCGUUGGUCACCUAAUCAUAGACGGUUUUCUCCACCAAUUUGUGAAUCAAGAGAACAUUCAUCAUUUCAUUUACCGAGUCAUCAUCAUUUUGUAUCAUUUGUAAAACCAAAGCAUUCAAUAAAUUCUUUUACUCAAAUUGCUUCGUUCAGUUAUGAUGUACCAUCUGUCAAUAUUUCAUCUAAACAACUUUAUUCUACAUGGACACAUCGUGACUGUAUUUCACAUCGUCAAGUUGUGUCACCUUCGUUCACCCCAAAUGGAUCAGCACAUACUGUUGAUCAUGAUGAUCAUGAAUUGACCGAUUCAAAGCAUAAUUGCAAUUAUUCGGAUACCAGGUGGCUGUUACAAUCGCUGUUUCACUGUGUACACAAAAAUCAAAUUACUUAUUUACCAACUGAUAUAAAAGUAUUGGGCUUUAAAAAGUAUACUAAAAAUAAACAGAAGAAUCCGAUUAAAUCAAUUCAGUUAUCAUCACCUCCAUCAUUAUUCAAUAAUAAAACAAAUGUAUCGAUCAAACCUUUUUAUAAUGAUAAUUCACAUUGUUUAUUUAGAUCACUGAAUUCUCUGGACAACAAACAUUCAAUAUCCUUUAUUGAUGUUGCUGUUUACGUUCAGUCAAUGUUAUCUUUAUAUUCUAAUGACAAAUUAUCUACAUUAUCAUCGAUACCUGAUGAAAUAUCAACAGAUACUACUAAUUAUACUACUAAAAAUGAUGUCAAUGAGUUUUCAUCAAUACAGCAAAGUAGUUGUGACAACGAAAAUCGAUUGUAUCCAGCCAGUAUACCAAUUACUGAUCAUUCAAAUAUUUCUUCAUCGCACCAAGAAAAUCAUGCAUCUGAAAAAUCAUCACUUAUAUCUGAUGAAAUUCAUAUUGUUUCUGUACAGCCCUCCAUCCCUUCUGUAUUGUCAUCUAAUCAGAAUUAUUUUGAGCAUAAAAAUCAUGAAUUAAGUAUUUCACCAAAUCAUUCAAUUGAAAAAUCGGGUGCAGUUGACAAUUGGCUUGUUUCAUCUGAAGUGAAUGAAACAAAUUUGACUAAAAAUGAUAAUGAUUUGCCCAGAUUGUCUGUUGUAAAAAUGUCAUCUGAAGAGUGUAUUUUUCCGGUUGGUGUAAAACAAUCUCCUGAGUUAUCAAUUAAGCAUCACCAUCAGUUGAAGAAUACAAAUGACGAAACCAAUGAUAAUAAUAAUAAUGAAUGGAGUUAUACUGAAAAUAAAGCGAACCCAUCAGUUCGUUUAAAUUGUCUAUCACCUAGUACAUGUCUUUCUUAUUCAUGUUCUUUGACUAACAAUGAUAAUAGUGAUUUUCAAUGUGACCAACAGACGACUGAACAAGAUAUGUGGUGUAAUCAACUAUUAGAUUCUAUAUCAAAUUUAUCAUCGAACGUAUUCUCCUGUUCAUCAUCUCAUGAUAAUAAUAGUAAUACAUUAGACCAAAUUAUUCAUAAAGCUAUAAUUACACAAAAAAACUCCAAAGGUUCUAUACAACUUUUCAAUGCGUGUACCUAUACAAUAAUUGCUGAUUUACUUGGUUCCUAUCCUUUUUCACGUUCAAUACGAACUAAAAUACAAUCUGUAUUUCUUUACUUUCAAUUAGAUGAGCUUAUGGUCGACGCGAAUAAUUCUUUAAUUGAAGUUGAGAAAUACUUGAAAUCAGAAUCAAAAUUUACUGAAUAAUGCAUCAGUUCCGGUUUAUGUAUGUAUAUCAACGUGAUUCAUAUUUCAUUUUUUGCUUUGUGUGAAUAAACUGUACAUUGUGUGUACUGGUGUAUAUUUCCUUUAUAUUUUCAUCGCCUGAGAUCGAUUUAUCUGUUUUGUCAUAUAAUUAAAUUUAUCUCAAAGACCGUCUUUUGACAAUACUCUUCAAUUUUGUUGUUGUUUUAUCACAUGUAAACUGGAGCAUAUAUGUUUUACACCAAAAUUUAUUCUAAAGGAAAAUGGUAGGGACAGCGAACUUUUCACUUUAUAUAUUCUUUACUCAUUUUUCUAUUUCAUUCCGUUUGCUAGACAGUUAAUUUGUACGAAACUACUAGUAACAGCAUUGCGAAGUUGCUUUUCAGGUGAAAGAUAUAAGGGGCAGCGAAUUAGAAGAGAGACUUAUGAGAGUAAGAUUGAAAUGAAUUAUCAAUCGAAGACUUAGUGAUUCUUUAUUAAUGUGAAUACGUUUCAUUAUAGUAAUAAUGUGCAUAAUCGAUUCAUGUAGAAAAAAAUAUUUGUAUUUACACACACACGUGCCGCUCUGUCCACACAAAAGAAAUGACCCUUUUUGCCUUCUGUGAACCUCUAUUUAUUUACCCUCAUUCUCGACUUCUGUUACUUCCAUUUCGAGCAACUUAUAUCUGUAGACUUAGUGGGCAAAGAGAGAAGUGUAUAUCUUUUAUUGGAAACUCCACAUUUUAUUUGUCCUCUCGCUUGUGUAUUCAUGAAAUUUCUGUAUUUUUUAUUCUCCUACCUUUCUUUGUAUGUUUUUUAUACGUGUAAAUAAUUGUAUGCACCCAACAUAUUUGUUUUUUCUUCGUAUAAAACAAAAUUCUCCUUAUGUUCUACUACUAAUACCACUUGGUUCGUAAAAUAAACGAUUUCUAUUUUGCACAUACGUGUAUAUGCAUGUACAGUAAUUCUUUAAAUAUCGUCUAUGCACACAUUUUGAUAAAUUUCUUCCUUCUAAAAUGUGCAUAUAUCCAUUCACCUUGUCUUUAAAAGAGUUUUGCACCAUUUGUGUGCGUGGAUGUGCUUUUGUGAUGCAAUUAACAAUAGUGUUCCCCUCUCACUGUCUUUUCUAUUUUAUAUUAAUUAUUCAUGUUUGUCAAUAUUUUUUAUGUGCAUGACUGCAAUAAAAUUUCUUUAAAGGAGAGAAAAAAAUGAAAUCGAAAGAGAUUGUGUAAUCAUACAAAAUUAAUAAAAUCAUAGUAAUAAAUUCCUUGAAAGCAUU